AUGGAGCGGGAGGGAGAGGGCACGAACCUCGACGGCGCCUCCAAGGAGGGGAACGGCACCGGCCGAAGUCCCUGCGUGCCGAGAGGCCAGCCAACCGCAUCCCCACCUCUCGCCCUUGCGCCACUUUUUCCGGUAAGAAGAAGAAGAAAUCUUUCUCUCGUGUCUUCUUUGGCUCCUCCUCCUCGCCAGUCGCCACACAGUCGUGCGCUCGUGUCGCUUUCCCUUUUCUUCCCCACCCACCAAAUCCUUCCCGUCGAAACUUCCACCUCGGAGUCCACCAAAUCCUCUCACCGUCGCCAACAACUGCUGCUCUGCUUUCCUUUGCUUCGUAACCAACCCAUCGCCCUCCUCCAAUCCCCGUCCCCGUCCACCCCAAUCCGGCCAGCCGCCGCCAUUCCUCCCCAUUCCGGCGGCCCGAACCGCGCAGGCUGCUUCGCGCGCGCGGCCGACGGGUGUGGAGGAGGAAUCCAGCGGCAUUGCCGGAUUCGGCUCGAGUCCAGUCGGAGGAGGUGUCUGUCUGACCGACAGGCGACAGGGUUUGGAGGAGGAAUCGAGCUGCAUUGCUGGAUUCGGCGGCACUCGUCGAGUUGGAGGAGGUGUCUGACUGACAGGCUUUGUUUUAAUCAAGCACUUCAUUUCCUGCAGUUAUAUAUGGAAAAUAGAGGGCCACCUAAGCUUUCUUCCAGACCUAGUUUUGGGCACCAACAGAGCUAUGAAGUAUUUUGUAUUCAGAUGACAUAAGGAGUAUUGAGUCUUGUAUAU